AUGGGGUUGCAGCCAAGGAAAGUAAAUAGAGUUGGUGCUAUUGGUCCGGGGUCAAUAGCAAUAGCAACAACUUUUAUCCUAGCUAACUUUCCUGUAAUAUUUAAGGAGGAUGAUGAGAAUUCUCUGGAGGCUGCACUUGGUGAAAUCAAAGCCAAUUUGCACAGCCAUCUUAUGGCAGGGAAAAUGACCAAGGAGAAGCUUGAAAGAACUGUAUCUCUGUUGAACGGUGUACUCAGUUAUGAUAGCUUCAAACAUGUGGAUUUAGUUGUAGAGGCAGUGGAGGGAAGCAUCCAGUUAAAGCAGCAAGUUAAUGCUGAUCUUGAGCAUUAUUGCCCUCAACAUUUCAUUCUUGCAAGCAGUAGUCCCACACUUGACUUAAAUCUAAUUGGAGAAAGAACAAAAUCCCAAUUCCGGAUUGCUAGGGCCCACUUUUCAAGUUCCUCUGUCCUGGAAAUAGGAAGCGAUCCGGUGUACUCAAUUGAACGCUUUCGCGAAGAGAAUGAUGUGGUUAUUUUAGCAGUGGGGGCAACAAAGCCACGGGACCUCCCUGUUCCUGGAUGUGAGCUCUCAGAGAACUUUUAUGCACGAGAGUUGCUAGAUAGAAUUGUGAUUGAUGAAGAACAUUGUGUAAGCCAAUGGGGACAUGAUUUAAGACCAGAUUACCAGAGUCUUGGUAUUUUGAAACAAAAGUUUCCGAAUAUACCCCUGUUGGCAUUAACUCUUAUUGCUACAGCCAAUGUUAAAGAGGAUGUUGUGCAGGCUCUUGGACUUGUUGAUUGUAUUAUUUUCAGGCAAAGUUUCAACCACCCAAAUUUAAGGUUUUCAGUUAUACCCAAAACGAAAAAAUGUAUGGAAGAUAUCGACAAGUUCAUUAAGGACAAUCAUUUUGAUGAAUGUCGAAUCAUUUAUUGUCUUUCAAGGAUGGACUGUGAGAAAGUUGCUAAAAAGUUUCAGGAAUUUGGGCACAAAGUUGCAUUUUACCAUGCUAGUAUGGAUCCAGAUGAACGUGGGAGUAAAGAUGAGGUUAAUAUCAUAUGUGCAACUAUGGCAUUUGGAAUGGGUAUAAAUAAAUCGGAUGUUCGGUUUGUCAUUCAUCAUUCUCUUCCUAAAUCCAUUAAGGCUACAAUCAGGAAUGUGGGCAUGCAGAUAGAGAUGGGCAACAUUCUUCUUGCAUAUUGUAUUACAGUUAUAGUGAUUAUGUAA